AUGGGCAAAGGCACGGAUAAACUAUACAUCACCCAUUCUGAAUGGUCCUCCACCGACGCAUUUUCUGCUAAUAGUGGAUCCAAUGUUUCCCAAAAAGCCCCCAAUGGCUCAUUCAAGCGCCUCCCUUUCAACUUCUGCGCAGCGAGUCUUCAACCCUUCAAAAAUCCAGUCUGUACAGCUGAAGGCACCAUAUUCGAUGUUGAAAUCAUUUCGCAAUGGCUCGAGAAGCAUGGCACGAACCCUGUCAAUGGGGAACCAUUGAGGUCGAAAGAUUUGAUAAAAUUGAACUUUGCGCGGAACGGCGACACUGAUGCGCAGGAACGAGGUUUUGGUGGUGCUGGAGGAGAUGGAAAGGGCGAGAUGGUGGAUCCAGUCACUUUCAAGGUGUUUACAGAUAAUACGCAUAUCGUUGCUAUACGGCAUGGCAGUGAGGCCAACGUUUUUGCUUGGGAGACCGUCGAAAGAUUGAACAUCAAAGCGAAGAUGUGGUUAGAUUUAGUUGAUGAUCGCGAAUUUGGGAGGUCGGAUAUCAUUACGCUACAAGAUCCGCAGAACAUUGAAAGCCGAGAUCUCAGCAAGUUCAAAUUUUUAAAGGAAGGGGAAUCUGUGCUGAGCAAAGAGCAAGAAGAAGAGAGGUCGAAAGGUAGUGUCAACAUUCACGCGCUGGGUAGGGUGGGAGACAAAGUCCUGAGGGCAAAGGAAGCUGUCGAGAAAGCCAGAAGAGACAGAGAAGCUGGUGGAGAUGUUAAUCGCGCAAACUCAAUGGUCAAACAAGGAUCGACAACUUCAACGGCAAAGCCUUCAUUAUUACAAGAAAGGAAGACGGCCUACAAUGCCGCGCAAUACACAACAGGAAGAGCAGCCGCAAGUUUUACGAGUACGGGAUUGACUCCAGUGACUAGUGGAGAGAGGGCAAUUCUCACCGACGAAGAAUAUAUGCUGAAGCCGAAACGAGUCAAGAUAAAAGGAUAUGCCAGGAUCGAGACGAAUCUGGGAUCAUUAAACAUCGAACUACAAACCGAGACUGCUCCUCGCGCAGUAUGGAACUUUGUACAACUCGCCAAAAAGGGGUACUAUAAUGGUGUUGCAUUUCACAGAAAUAUCCGGAAUUUUAUGAUUCAAGGAGGUGAUCCUAGCGGGUCUGGCAAAGGAGGCUCAAGUAUCUGGGGGAAGAACUUCCAGGAUGAAUUUGACGGGCCAUUAACCCACGAUUCCAAAGGUGUGAUGAGUAUGGCAAACAAGGGCAAAAACACCAAUUCGAGUCAAUUUUUCAUUACCUACAAAGAAGCCAAACAUCUAGACCGCAAACACACAAUUUUCGGCCGCGUAGUUGGUGGCCUGGACGUCCUCUCCAAACUCGAAAAAGUCGAAGUAGACGAGAAAAGUCGCCCGAUAAACGAUAUCGUCAUGGAGAACGUCGUCGUCUUCGUAGAUCCCUUUGAAGAAUUCCAAAAGCAGAAACAGGAGAAGGAUGUCGCGGAGAAAGCACAGGCGGAGAUUAGGAGGCAGGGAGGCACCGAAGAUGAUAAGACGACGUGGACGGGUAAACGUAUUAGGGGUGAUGGGACGGUGAUGCAGAGUGAGCAGACGGGUGGCGUAGGCAAAUAUCUUAAGGCUGGGGGUACGAAUGAUGGGGCGGGGUUUGUGGAAUUGGAUGAGGGUGGUGAUGAUGCGCCGGUUAAGAAGAAAAUUAAGUCGGGCGGCUUUGGAAAUUUUGAUGCUUGGUAG